GUUUCUUCUUGUAAGUGGGUCCAAUGCUCAUCACAUCUCUGAAAUUUAUACACAUAUUAACUUGUUCCCUUAAGCUAAUAAAUGUAAAGUCUAUCUUAUUUCAUUAUUGCUAUUUCAAAGCCCGCCUCAGUAACGUACAACAUAUAUUAGCCGCAACGCUAACGCAAAAGAAAAUCUACCAAUCACAACUUGUAUAAGUGACCUUCAAGUGCUCAGCUUCUCCGUCAGCCAUUUGUGCCGCUUUCCUCUGUCUCAGUUGUUAUCGUGUUGUUGUUUUCGGCCUAUUCUACGAUGACACAAAAUACCAACAUUCCUGUCAAUUAUCCAAUGAUGCCACAAAUGGACGAUAUGAAUAAGUAUGCACAUUUACUACAAGUUAUUGAAGAAAUGGGCCGUGACAUUAAGCCGACUUAUGCCAACAACAAAAAUGCUGCAGAAAGAUUGAAGAAAAAUAUCCAUACUGCUAGAAUUUUAGUCAGAGAGUGUGUUUCGGAACUUGAGCGUGUAAUGAGGACGUAAACGAAUGUCCUUUGGUUGUCAAGAAUAAAAUUUUAUAUAUUCUCUUAUUUGUGUACCCGAAGGCUUAUAUUUAUUCUUGUACUUGGCUGAAACAUCAU